GUGAACAUUCUUCAGAUAUGGACGAAUUGUUUGGCGAUAAACUCCGGACACGAAAAGUUAUGGAGAACACAAGUACAAACGCAACAAACAAAAGAACCAGAGGAAUGAAAGAAUACCUCGAUACAAGGAUCUCUUAUUGAUGCCACACUCAGGGAAGGUACAUCGACUCCGCAAGAUAACUCUAACCGCCUGUCUUGUAUCAGGAGAUCCCUCUCUGACUGAGGACUGGCGAGAUUCGAUAGUGACAUUCAUCCUUGCUUCCUUGCGUCCGGCCACAAACAAACAAUACCAAUGUUGCUGGCAAAAAUGAAUACUUUUGUGUUUUUAAUGGAAAACCGAUACAUUUUCAGCCUCUGAAGAAACAGUUGUUAAUUUUUUUUCCAUUUCUUUGAUGAGUAAUAAUGUUUCAUAUUCUGAAUACUCAUAUACAUGUAUUUACUCCUUAAUAACUAACCUAACGCGUGGUAUUCAUUUGUCUGCACCACUGGUGUGUCAUAGGACCGACGACAUCCAAAAAUAAGCAUUCAAUGCUUAAAUAAACCUUGCAAUAUCUGUUGAAAUUAUAACGUCAUAACUGUUACAUCUGCAACUGCCAAUUAAAAUACUGAAGAUGCUGAAAGCAUACAUACUCUUUUAAUGUGCUAAGUUGAAAUAAUGAUAAUUUACAUUCAUUCCGUGUAUAAAGUGUUAAGAUAUCGGGAUACAUUGUUGAAGAUGAGUACAUAUGAGAACAUUUUACAGUGUGCGUUAAUUUUGGAACCAAGUCACGUCGUACAAAAGUUUACACAUUACUGAUUAAGAACAAUUUGUGAGAUUUGUAUACUAGUAAUUAUCCAUAAAGGACAUAAACCGCAUCGCUUCUGAAUUGCCCGUCCUUUCUUUCAUCUUUAUACCUUAUUAAUAUGUAUGCAGCGACUUUACUCCUUGAAGAGGAUCUAUUAUUUGGUACAAAAAAUCGGGCAUUACCAAAAUUGUUUAUUGCAUAUUACAUAACAUUUUUGCCACUAUGCAGGCCCCAUUGCGUGCCUAGUCAAUUGGUUAAUAAACACGGUAGGAGGAAUUAAAUGCACCUUUGCCCAGACCCGUGCAUGACAUUCAAGACUCAGCGUAAAAAAUUGUUUAUUUGUUGGAGACAUUGCUGUUAACCUGAAAAAUGACCGACCAAGUUGAUAUGAUACAAGUCGUUGGAGAGAAAAUCAAACCUUUCGUUCCUAUGAAACAUAUUCCCCAUCUUAUCAAAUCUUUAUACGGUCUGACCGUGAAGUCUUGCAAAGAAUUGGACAGUUAUAUUGACAAGAACUACCACGUGAUCGUUACUGGCCAAUCAGAGAAUCCCUAUAUAAAGCACCCUGUAGAAGACGGUUAUGUUUUGAAAAUACUGAACAAGAUGCAGUCCAAAAAUCUACUAUUUGUUGAAGCACAACACGCACUGAUUACUCACGUUGCCAAAAAUGGAAUCUCUGUUCCUUACAUUGUGAAAAACCUGAAAGGAGAAGAUAUGUCACUGGAAAAGAUUUACCACUCAGAAAACAUGACAGAUUCCACGCCGUUCGAUUUUUAUAUUGUUCGUCUUUUGACGUAUAUUCCCGGAGAGACUUUCUUAAAUAAACCUGUACAUCCAAAGAGUUUGUACAACAUUGGUAAAAUUCUUGGAAAAUUUCAUACUGUUAUGGAGGGUUUUCACCAUAGAUUCUUUGACUCGCAUACAUUCUUAUGGAAUAGAAUUUGGGAUUUAGCAGAAAUUGAGCGUUUACGUGAGUUCUUAGUUGGAGUACAAGACGAGAAUAAGAAGGCACUGAUGUCAAAAAUCAUCGACGCAUUCAACAAAGAAGUCGUCCCAAAAUACCAACUGCUUAGAAAAAGCAUAAUUCAUGGAGAUGUAAGUGAGAGUAAUAUAAUAGUACAAGACAUUCCAGGACAGAAAGUUGCAUCCGGGGAACCACGUGUUUGUGACGUCAGUGCACUCAUUGAUUUCAAUAACAUGGUGUCAUCGUACACUGUAUUCGAUGUCGCUAUUUGCAUUGCCUACAUGUCCAUUCAAUGCAAAGAAUUUGAUCAGCGCGAUGUAGGAGGCCAUAUACUGGCGGGGUAUUUGUCCGUGCAAAGUAUGAAUCAUACCGAGAGAGAGGUUUUAAAAGUCUGCGUCUGCGCCAGAAUUGCCCAGUCUCUUGUGAUGGGCGCAUAUACCUACUCUAUAGAUCCUAGCAAUGUUUAUGUCCUCAAUACUGCAGCUCGGGGAUGGCCGCUUGCAUCCUUGAUGUGGGAAACUUCACAACAUGAGAUUGAAUCACGGUGGAACAAAAUUAUAGAGGAAUAUGAACAUCUUUCAAACGAAUGACUUUAAAAGAUUAUAUAUAUGAAAUACUGGUAAUAAUAUUUAAAAUUCUAUUAUACAGGGUUUUUUUUUAGCUCACCUGAAUAAAGUAACGGUUCAAGUGAGCUUUUCUAAACUCUUGCUGUCCGUCGUCCAUCCAUCAGUCUGUAAACUGUUCACAUUUUUUACUUCUUAUCUAGAACCACUGGUCCAUGAAUGAUACAAGGAACUGUUGUUCAGGUGAGCGCUGUGGCCCGUUGGCCUCUUGUUUUGUUUGUGUGUAUUUUUUAUGUUUUUCUUUUUAGUUUUGUUCUAUUUGAUGUUAUUGUUUCAAAGCUGUUAUUGAAUUUUAUCGUUAUCAUGAAUGCCAGUAUGUAUCAUACGAUAAACAAAACUAACCUUUCAGUGGAUAGAUUGAAUGAUCACGUUACACGAUUGAUUUGGUGAGUGUCCCAAAGUGUGGGGGAACCAAUCAGAAAAGGGCAUUAAUUAUUCACGAGAACGAGAAAACUAAAGAUGCUUGGUUUUAUAUAAAUAUAUAAUUGAUAUUGUUGCAAAUUCAUUUGAAUAUAUAUACAGAUCGUUACUUAUGAACAGUGAAUCUAUUUAAUGUGUCCAUGUGUAUUUUCUAUAUUUUAGAGGUUUGUGUAGCAUUAUUUAUGGAGAUGUUCCGAACAGUAAUAGACAUUUUUAUCUUUUUCCAUGACAGCAAUUAAUACUAUUACAAUUACUUAUUGUUUCAAAAACAAAUUCCAGAGAAUAUGCACGUACUAGAAAAUUUUUCUGAGGGGUAAUUGUACGUGCCGGAAGGAGUAAAGGUGGGGUGGGGGGUUGUAAGGCUUGCUUUUCGGUAAUUGCGUAAGUAAAUUUAAUAAAUUAAAAUUUUUAAGGGUGGAGGGUUCAGACCAUGGAAAAGAUGGGGUUUUUUCCUUUUUUUCAACAAAUAUCAACACAUUUGCGAAUUUUUUUAUA